AUGGUGUCCGUAUAUGGUUGUGGAGAAUGUCCCAAAGGUGUUCACAAAAUAGGUUAUUUAGUAGAUUACCGUGAUGAUAAAGACAACCUUGAACAACGCAAGAUAGCAGACUUUAAUAAAAUGCAGUGUGCUCACUGCAAUCAUGGUCCUGCUUGCAAUUCUUUUACAUUUUUGGAAGAGCGAUUGUUCUGCUUGGAGAAGGCUGCUAGAAAAUGGACACCAGAAAAGGGAGUAAAAUGGUGUGCGAUUGGAGAAUGCUUUGUUGGUGUUGAUAGCAGUGAAAUGGGUAAUAUUUAAAAAUUUUUGAAUAAAAAUGUCGAUAUGUAUCUAAAUGAUAAGCAGCAGGGGUGUGUCGA